UUCACCCCAAAUCGGAGAAGAAGCCUCUCUCCUUCCAUUCCAGAGCUCCUGCUGAACCAGAAACGCCAUUUCUUGCUUUUCUUGCCCAGAACCGGCCCCGCGGCACAACCUGCCCUUCCCGCGGCGGUUCCCAGGGCUGAGAAACCUCGGGAAAUCUCUCGGCGCUCCUUACCUGGCUGGGAGCGGGGUGUCGCCUGCCCCUGGCAGCUCACCCCCAGGCCGGCUGCAGCCCCACGAGUGUGCACAGACACGGGCGCCGGCAGCCGCGAUGCCCAACUUCUCCGGGAACUGGAAGAUGAAGAGCUCGGAAAACUUCGAGGAGCUGCUGAAGGCGCUGGGCGUGAACGUGAUGCUGCGGAAGAUCGCGGUGGCGGCGGCGGCGAAGCCGGCGGUGGAGAUCCGGCAGGACGGGGAGAGCUUCUACAUCCGCACCUCCACCCCCGUGCGCACCACCGAGAUCCGCUUCAGGGUGGGCGAGGAGUUCGAGGAGCAGACGGUGGACGGGCGGCCCUGCAAGAGCUUGGCCAGGUGGGAGAGCGAGAACAAGCUGGUGUGCGAGCAGCGGCUGCUCAAGGGCGACGGGCCCAAGACGGGCUGGUCGCGGGAGAUGACCAACGACGGGGAGCUCAUCCUGACCAUGACGGCCGACGACGUUGUGUGCACCAGGGUCUACAUUCGGGAGUGACCCCCCACCCCCCGUCCCCGCUCAGCUGACCCCCUCCCCCCCCAAAUCCGCCCUCCCCCACCCCGCGUCCCCUCAGUCGGUCCCCUGCACUCAUCCCCCGGCCGCGGGGAGGGUGCUGCAUCCCCCGGCGGGGGUACAGCAGCGAACCCCCUGGUUUUUUUGGGGGGACACACACACGGAUUUCCCUCCCUCUGCAGGGCGGGGUCCUCCGGGGGCAGCAGAGUCUCCUGCUCCGGCCCCGCUCCGCCGCGCUCGGGGCCUGGCGAGGUGCCGGGGUGCGGCGGGGGGUAACGCGGCCCCUCCCUGCCUUUUGGGCUGGUUUGAGCUGGUUUGGGUUCGGGCUGCUGUUGGUUCCCGCAGCCCCCAGCCCUGCCCCGCGACCCCUCCCCAGUAUUUAUUUGUGAAUAUGGUACCAGACGGGAACACCAAACCCCCAGCCCGGGGCAGUGCCAGGUCCCAGCCCCCCCCACCCCCCCAGGGUCCAACUUCUCUCUGUUACCUCCUUUUUUAAUAAAUGUCCUAUG